GUAUUCUCGCUAUCUAAUAGAGCUGUUGAAGAAGAAGAAGUAAUCGGCGUGAAAAAAUUUCCUUGGUUUGAAGAUUAAACUUGUGAAAGCUCAGUGUUGGUUGUUUUCCAAUUGAGCUCGCACAAACAUGCCUUCAAUGGCGUCCAAAACAAGAAAGAUUCCAAUGCAGAAGCGAGAAAACGAGAAGCAAAAAGCAGUAAGUUUCACUAAACGACGUCAAGGUCUUUUCAAUAAAGCAGGAGAAUUGUUCACGCUUUGCGAUGCUAAAGUUGUUGUUUUAGUCUCUUCGCCUUGUUCCAAACCUAAACGGAAAUUUUAUUCCAUUGGCAAUCCUUCUGUAACCGCAGUUCUUGAUGCUUUUCUUCAAAAUCGUAUUCCCGACGCAGUAGACGACGGAGCUAAGCAAUCUGCACUCUCUCUUUUGGACGAGAUCGAUCAACUAGAGCUUGAAAUUGAAAACAUCAAAACGUUAAAAAACGUAGAUUUUGAGUUUUUCCAGGAGUCCAAAUCGGUUGAGGAGUUGCAGGAGCUUGUGGAUGGUUUAGAGAAGCUGGUGGAGACUACAAAGAGCAAGGUUAAUCAAAAUAAUAAUAAUAAUAAUAAUUGUGUUACAAGCUUAACUGGUUGUAAUGGGUUAGGGUUAUGCAGUCAAAGAAAUUAUCAGCCACUCGCAGAUGUUGUUUCUAAUAAUACAUCUCCAAUCAGAAACGUUGUUUUUGACGAAAGUGAUAUAGUGGCUCUUCAAGGCAUGGAUUUUGAUUACAGAACCAAUUAUGUUGAUAAUGUCCAAAGUGGAAAUAUUUUUUUGUCUCCACCAGCAUCAGCAGCGUCUUGCUUCAAAUAUAAUGAAGUGUUAUUGAAGGAGAAGGAAGCUGAUAGCAAUAGAAUUGGUGACUUUGAUUUUGUUAAUUACUUUGGUAAUAAUGAUAAGAGCAAUUCAAGGUUAGGAGAUUUUAAUUUAUCUCAUGAAGCUGUGGACCAUGCCAACAAUAAUGUGUCUCUUUCAGACUACUCUGAUGCAUUUGGGAUUUUUGAUGGCAAUGCUCAUCCUCAUGUUAUUUAUAAUGAGCAUGGAGAUUCAUCUCUUGCUGAUGAUAGGCUUUGGUUCUACUGAAUUUUAAUUUACUCUAGCUUAUCUUUUGUUUAAAGGUUUAGGGUGUGAACCUAAUUUUGAAGCUCACAAGCAAGAUUUUC